AUGUCAACCGAAUCAAUGGUCACCAAGAGAACAGUCACCUUCGUCAACAAUAGAACUCCUGCAGAAAUUACAGAAUGCGAAAUUGAUUUAGAUAAGUAUUACCAGGAUACAGAAAUCGUCAUAGAAGUAAAAGCAGCAAGUAUUAACCCGGUCGACGUUUUUACCCAUGGCUUAACGUACUACUACCUAGCCAGUUCCAGCCCUAAAGCAUACGGUAAGGAUUAUUCAGGUGUCAUUGUUCGUCGUGGGGCGAAAGUAGAUCCUAAAUGGCAAAUUGGCGAUAAAGUAAACGGUAUGUUCCACCACAUUUAUGGGGAACAAGGAACAUUCUCGAACUAUCUAGUACUAGACCCCAAUAAGCAACGUAUGAUGACAUAUAUGCACCCCACACAGCAUGCAAUUAAUCAAAAUGAGUUCGUGGAACCAGCUGCGUGGCCCCUUGUGUUUGGAACUGCUUACAAUGCUUUAUUCCAUUGGGGUCAAGUUUGGACUCCAGAAUCCAGAGUUUUGGUCCAUGGUGCAUCGACUGCAGUGGGUAACGCAUUUAUUCAACUUGCAAAACAUCAAUUGAAUAUUGGAAUGGUAGUGGGUACUUGUAAUUCGAGCUCUAUUGCAUAUAACAAGGGGUUUGGGUUUGACCAUUUGGUCGCAUAUAACCAGGAGGGCUCUCUUGCAGAGCAUGUGAAGACAUUGAUGAAAGACCAAAAUAUUGGCAAAUUUGACUUGAUAUUGGAUUGUGUUGGCACUCAAGAAUUCUUUCCAGUGAUUGAUGAGCUAUUGAAACCAAGAUCGGAGAAUAGUUAUUAUUUGACUACUGCCGGGGACCAUAAAUUUGAUUAUAAGGAUCCCAAACCUUUGGAAAUGAUACCAUUGAAGCUUCCACUAAGGUUAUUUAAUCCGUGGAGAAGAUUUAAUUAUGGCUUCAUUUCCGUUGAACAAAUGCCUGGGCCUGAAUUUGUAGAAUUGGGCGCAAGAAUGGUCACUCAAGAUAAGUAUCAUCCUAAAAUUGAUUCAGUCUAUAAAUUUGAUCAAUUUCAAGAAGCUUUAGAUAGACUAAAAUCCAAUAAGGCAAAAGGAAAAGUUGUUAUUACCAUGUGA